UUGUCCCUGCACGUGGCACAAUAGUAUUCAAAUAUUCGCGUUUAGACCAAACUCCCACCUUCUUCGAACCUCCACCGCUAGUUGGCCGCGAGACGGCGGCGAUGGUAUCAAUUCAUUACUCAUAGGCCUCCUGUAGAGAGAGAAUAUAUAUAUAUAUAUAUAAAAAGUGACAAAGAGUGUAAAAGUAACGCCGUGGAGGCUUUCACGAGAAAUGCAUUUCUAGAAAGAGGAGAGAGUAAUUGCAAAGCAAAAUUAACUAUUUUCCGCUCCCCUACAUGACCUAUAUACAUGUAUACACUGACGAAGUUAAUCGCCGAUCAUUGUCAUUGGGUGAUUUGUAAGAAUUCACGAGCUUUGGUUCUUUAUCGAUUUAGUGUCGCUGAGAUAUUGAAUUGUGAAUCGGUCGAAUAAGGAUGCCAGAAAUAGAUUCUGCACAAGAAUAUGAAAAAGAAAAACGAUCCGAUCAUGAGUUUUCUGAGGAUGAGAAACGGAGAAUUAGAAUCAGAUCUUUGAGAAAGAAAGCAUUAAAUGCUUCAACAAAAAUUACACGCACUCUCAGGAAACGCAGUAAACGGGUGGCUCAUUGUCGGUUCGCAUCGAUCUCCACAGAAGAGUUUGUAGACAAGGAGGAAGAGAAUGCAAUCAACGCAUUUCGCCAACUUUUGCUUGACAGAGACCUGCUUCCGGCUCGCCAUGAUGACUACCAUAUCAUGUUGAGGUUCUUGAAAGCAAGGAAGUUUGACCUUGAUAAGACGGUCCAUAUGUGGGCAGAAAUGCUCAUUUGGAGGAAAGAGAAUGGAGUAGACUCUAUCAUAAGGGAUUUUGUUUAUGAUGAAUUUGAAGAUGUUCGGCGAUAUUAUCCACAUGGUUACCAUGGUGUAGAUAAAGGAGGGAGGCCUGUCUAUAUCGAAAGACUUGGCAAAAUUGAACCUAGCAAGCUUAUGAGUGUAACCACCGUAGAGAGGUUCUUAAAAUAUCAUGUACAGGGGUUUGAAAAGACUUUUGAAGAAAAGUUUCCUGCUUGUUCAAUUGUGGCCAAGAGGCAUAUAGAUUCAACAACGACAAUCCUGGAUGUACAUGGCCUGAACUGGAUGAGUUUUGGCAAGGUUGCACAUGAUCUAGUCAUGAGAAUGCAGAGAAUAGAUGGCAACAACUAUCCUGAGACAUUGAAUCAUAUGUACAUAGUUAACGCGGGUAGUGGAUUCAAAUGUCUGUGGAACUGGGCAAAAGGCUUUCUUGAUCCAAGGACAACUUCAAAAAUACAUGUUCUGGGCACCAAAUUCCAGAGUACUUUGUUGGAAGUUAUAGACUCUUGUCAAUUGCCAGAUUUCCUUGGUGGCUCCUGUUCAUGCCCAAAUGAAGGUGGAUGUCUUGGAUCGGACAAGGGACCCUGGAAUGAUCCAGAGCUUAUUAAGCUGGUACAUACUCUACAUGCUAGUGAAGCUACUUAUCCAAAAAAAGUUACUAGCUUUUCAGAGGAUGAGGAUGAUUUAGAAACGAAGCUGAUUGGUUCGAAGGAUCUAAAUAGUGAAAUUGAUCCAGUUACCAAAUUCUCUGAUGGUGGUCAUUUCGAAACUAAGCUAAUUGAUUCUAAGGGCGCAAAAAGUGAAUUUUUUCCUGAUGGGCCAGAUUCUGGUUUACAAUUCUCUUCUCACAGUACCAUGCUGACAAUUCCACUUGGUGAUAAUGAAAUAGUAGAGAGACCUGCAUCUUUACAUGGAAAAAUUGGAGCUAAACAUGUUGGGGAUAGAGUUGAAAAUCGUUUUCCUUCAAAUCUGUCCCUUUCAAUAGAUUUGACUAGGCAUGUCCCCGAAAGAAGGCAAGUUCUUAAAGUCAGAUUUCUUGCAUGCAUAUCUUUGUUGCUUGCUGGGCUGGUUAGAAGACUUUUCACGAAGUCAAAUUCGGAGAACCUAGUGGAAAAUCAGAGAGGACCCAAUUCUGCAAAUUCAAAUUCCCAAGAGCAACACGUUUCACAGCCAAAUAGUAAGGAGCUCCUCCAUCCAUGCUGUGAGAAGUUGCAACACUUAGAGAAUGUCGUCACCGAACUGUUGAAGAAACCUGCAAAAAUUCCCCCAGAGAAGGAUGACAUCCUACUUGAAUCUUUGAAUCGCAUAAAAUCUAUAGAGCACGACUUGCAGAAGACAAAAAGAACUGUUGGAUUCAGGCACUAUUUGCAACAGCCUCGAAACAAGUAGAGCUUUCCGAGUCAUUGGAUACUCUAAAGGAAUCCAGUCUAAAAGGGACAAGAUCAUGUUGGCUACGAAGCAGCAAGUCGUUACCUCGCAGAACCUGAUGCCUGGAAUAUCAAAGAGGAACCCUCUAGGUACCUUUUUUAACUUUGUGACCUUGCAACACAAUUUAAGACGAGUAGAUCGGCGUGAUUACUUUUCAGAAGUUCACUGAGUUUAAAGUCUGUUUGUGACUGCUCGUCUCGGUGGAGAAGUCUGUUUCACUGAUUUUCAAACACCCAAC